AUGACGUUUGAACAUUUGGGCUUGAUUAAAGAGUUGUGUUCAGUAUGUCAUCGCAUGAAGUGGGAUUGUCCUACAAAGAUACAAUCAAAAUCGAUUCCUAUCGCUCUCGAAGGAAAAGAUAUUGUUGGGAUAGUUGAAACGGGAUCUGGCAAAACAGGAGCUUUCCUUCUACCUAUAAUUCAACAUUGGAUUAAAUCUGGUCAACCAGUUGGUUUUGCAUUAAUUUUGGCGCCUACUCGUGAAUUAGCUCAACAAUUAGCUAAUGAAGCUAAACGUUUAGGACAAUAUAAAACAAAUGAUGAGUUGGAAUUUCAUUUAGACGUGAUUCUUCUUGUUGGCGGUGAAGAUAUGGUUGAUCAAGCGUUAAAACUUGCAUGGAGAAGACAUCAUUUUAUUGUUGCAACUCCUGGACGUUUAGUCGACCAUAUGAAACAAUCAUCAUAUUUUGUGACACAACAAUUAUCUACUAUACGUCAUUUAGUCUUAGAUGAAGCUGAUCGAAUGUUAAAUAUGGCAUUCGCGGAUGAUAUUGAUAAAAUAUUGAAUAUAUACGGCAAACCAAAAUCUGACAGGAAAAAACGUAAACGGAAGAAACAAUCACUUUUAGCACAAUUAGCUGAUGAUAAGAAUAAUAAUGGUAAGUUUAUAUGCAUAGUGUAA